AUGAGUUGCCAAUUUGGUCAAAGCAAUCGUCCUUUGAGUACGGAAGAAGUACAAAGAAGAAUCAAUAGUUCGAAAAUAUGUGAAAAACUUCUGAAAAUCUUAUCUGAAGAUCAAGGAUAUCAAUUUGUAUCUUUUUCUUCGAAAAAUCACAAAGAAUUAAUGGAAAAAAUCAUUAAAGAAUCAAACGAACAAGAAAAUCAACAAUAUGAACAAAUAAAUUCCAUUGAAAAAGAAUUUACAAAAACUAUUUUAAGAACAUUUGAAGAACAAAUGAUAAAAUAUGAAAUAUUUUCUAUUCAUUCAUUUAAUCAAAGUAAAACAAUUUAUUUACCAAUAACAAUGAAAGUUUGUGAUGCACAUCGAAUAUUUUCAACAUUAUUAUAUAGUGUUGAUAAAACAAAAAUUCCUGUUGAUCUUGCUGAUUAUGUUUUAAUUUAUGAAAAUAUUCUUAUUUCAUAUGAAGUUCAACAUAAAGAAUUAUUUGAAGAACUUUUAAAAAUUUCAUUUCGAUUAAAUCGAAUUGGUUUAUCACCAUUUCGUAUUUUAGUUAUUCAUAAAUCUCAAUUAAUUAUUCUCGAACGAAAAGAAACGAAAAUAUUCUCAAAUGAACCAAUUUCAAUUUUAAAAUUAAUUCUUUUUCAUUUAUUUCCAAUGAAUCUUAUUGAAUUAUCUUCAAAUGAAAACGAUUUCCGAAAGACAUUUUCAAAUAAUAAAGAUUAUUAUUGGCCAUUUAUGGAAAUUAAAAUGGGAAUUAUCCCAUCAGCUAAAUUAAUUCAUCCAUUUAAAUAUGAGAAAUUACGAGAAUUUAUCGCUGAAACUCUUCUAGUUGAUAAUUCAUUAAAUAAUACACAAAUAACUUUUGAGAAUUGUAUGAAAAUAUUAGAGAAGAUUUUUGAAACAUUUCAUACGAAUUCAAUUUGUUUAAAAUCAAUGAAAUCAUCUCUGGAAAAACUUGUUGAUGUUUAUGAUUAUCCAUUAUUAAUCGCAUUGCCUUAUGAUCGGUUAUUCUUAUCACAAUUUUCCAAAAUUCAAUCAUCCGAUCAUCGAUUAGCUCAAGGGAUAAUGACUAAUGGAAAAUAUUAUUCAAUUCAAAAUAAUCCAUUUACUUCAAUGGAAUCUUUGAAAAUCAAUCGUGGUUCAUUUAUUCAUCUUCGAUUUAAUAAUCAACUUGAUACAAUUCUUAACAGAAAUCAUUCAAAUGAAACAAUCAAAUUUAAUGAAUCAUAUGAAUAUAAAAUCGGUUCUUAUUGUUCAAUUGAAAUUGAUGGAAAUUCUGUUCAAUUACAAUUCUCAUCUGAUAUUAUGAAUUUCUUACUUUCAAAUGAAACAACACCUUUUAAUGGUACAAAUAUCAAUUAUUUACGAUCACAUAUCAAAGUAUCUCAUAAUUGGAUAAAUAAUUCAACGAAUAUUAAUCAAUCAAUUGUUGUUCCAACUGAUGAAACAGAAGAUUCGCUAAGAGAUCAUUUUCGAUUCCUUACAUUAACAAAUAGUCCAUCAUUAUGUUCAUUAUCAAUCUGUGAAAAACCUGAAUGUUUUAAUUGUUUAACACCAUUGUCUGAUGAGGAUUUUCAAUGUCCAAAAUGUACACAAGUAUUUUGUCGUCAAUGUAUCGAAUCGAAUCCAAGUGAAAAUCCUCAAAGUUAUUUUUGUCCAAAAUGUUAUUCUUUGAAUAAAUUAUUUGAUUAUCAAAUGUCAAAUACAAUCGGUAAAUUCGUAAAGAUUGGAAUAAGUGCUUUUCAAUGUGUUAAAUGUGGUUCAAUACCUGAACAACAUCGAAUAUGUCGUGAUCCGAAAUGUGCAACUUUAAUUUGUUAUCCAUGUUGUUCAAAUGAAACAACAAAUGAAAUAGAUAAAUGUCCCAAAUGUCGAAUCAAUGACAUUUAUCACAAUACUACUGUGUCAUAUUUUAUUCAAAAGAUUCUUCUUUACGAUAGAAUUAAGAAUCGAGAUAUCGAUGAUCAUAGUGUGAUAGUUGAUGAUUCCAUUCCGAGAACAAUGUGGACGGAAGAAGAUUGGAGACCAAGAUUUGGAAAUUUCAAAGAAAAUUUCGAUCGAAUAAUAUCAGUUAUUGAAUUCGAUGGUAAUCAUAUUGAAUUUCCUGGUGAAAUUCAAUCUCGUCCAAAACUUAUUAUCAAUGAACCAUAUGAAUAUUCUUGUCCUGAAAGUCUUCAAGUUAGUUAUUGGUAUGAUCAUCCAGAUAAAAAUUGUUGGGAAAACGAUAAAACGACUCAAUUCUAUACAAAAGAUCAAUCGACAAUUUUCACAUACAUAUCGCAUUUUUCCAAAUUUACUAUACGCAAUACACGAUUAGUAGAUUUUAUUAUGUUGGACAAAGCAUUGCUUAAUAUCGUAUAUGAUUAUGAUUUUACAUUGGAAAAUGGAGUAAACAGAAUUGAAUAUCGUGGUCCAGAACGUUACUUUCGACCACGUGGAUGGUAUCGAAUUGCCAUUGAUGUUCUUCGAAAAUACAAAGAUACUGCCUGGUUGGGUACUAAUAAAAAUGCUUGGCCAGUUGCUUAUCAUGGUACAGCAAGUGACAAUGCUCGAAAGAUUUUAUGUAAUGGAUUAUUAGCUGGUGGAAGUCAAGGUAUUCAACAAUCGAAUGGUGAAGUUCAUGGAAAAGGAAUCUAUUUAUCACCUUAUUCAACAUAUUCGGGAAGUGAAAGUUAUGCUAAACCAUUAACAAUGGAUGGAAAACGAUAUCAAGUGAUAUUUCAAGUCAGAGUUGAAUCUAGUCAAAUUAUCAAAACAGAAGAUAGAUUCGUUUGGGUUUGUCGUAAUCCAAGUGCAAUACGACCUUAUGGAAUUCUCUACAGAGAAAUCAACGAACAACACAAUACUCAUGUUUAG